AUGGCUGGCAGUUCCAUGAUAUGCCCCGCGCCUUCGUUACCCAGCGAUUGCUGGCUCGAAAUUUUGGAGUGCCUCUCCCCAGAAGAUCAUUGGUCGCUUCUUUUCGUUUCUCAGAGCAUGAGCCGCUUUGCCGAGCCCUUGCUCUUUAAAAGGAUCGCCUGGGAAUGGGAUCCAAUCCCUUUCAGAAGAAUCCUUCUAUUGUUUCGCACUAUACUAUGGAAGCCAGAGCGUGCAUAUGAUAUUCGGCAUUUUAGUCUUGUGACACAAAAGAGUUUCGAUUCAUCGAUUGAGUCAUGGACGCCUCCAAGCUGCGUGACAGAUUGCAAAGCGGAGAUCGCGCAUUUUCAGGAUGUGUUGGCGCACGCCCAGGAUGUCGUGAAGACCACCGAGUUCCCAGAUGCUAAUACUUGGGCCUAUGCUCUCGAGAAUGGAAACCCUUAUGCCAUUGUGUCCAUUUUUCUCUCCAAACUUCACAAUCUUCAAUCACUGUCUCUUGAUUAUUCAUUUGUGUGGCAAUCUGGGUUUCCCGGACUGAUGCUACGCCAUGCGCUCUCUUCGCCUUCAAAGCAAUUUUCACGCUUUGAUUUACUCACGAAUGUGGAUUACGGAGCGAAUAUUCGCCACGACGAAAUGAACUUCGAUGAACCUUUGAUUUGGGAAGAACCCGGUUAUCCUGAGUGCAACCCCGAGCAAUUCUCUGCUUGGUUCUACCUGCCGGCUCUCCGGUCUCUUAAAAUAUAG